UUCGGCGGGGAGUUUGUUGGCGGAAUAUUUCCAGGCGUGAUGGCGGCGGCGCGCCGAGGACUCGGAGAGAUGGGCACAGUUCGGUGACGGCUCUUGGUCAUCGGUCGUCUCGGUAAGGCACCGGCAACGGGGCGGGUCUGGCUUGACUGUGGUGGCCGGCGGCCGUGUUUGGGGUUUACUUCGCUGCAGAGUUAGGCCGCCCAGAAGGCUACCACGAUGGCAACCUUGGAAAGCCUGUCAAAAGAUUCUUUCAGUUUGCAUCAAAGUGGUCAAUUGAAGAAUGAUUCUGGUAAAGAAAACAAAGGUGGUUACAAACUUUCAACGGAGAUUAAAAUGGAUAUUGAGAGACUCUAUGAAGCAGUACCUCACCUAUCAAAAUUUUUUUUCAUUGAAGACAAAAUUGGUGAAGGUACAUUCAGUUCUGUCUAUUUGGCUACUGCUCAGCUGAAGUCAGGAAAAGUAGAGAAGUUUGCACUAAAACAUUUAAUUCCCACAAGCCAUCCAGUUCGUAUUGCUGCUGAACUUCAGUGUCUGACAGUUGCUGGGGGUGAAGACAAUGUAAUGGGAGUUAAAUACUGCUUAAGGAAGGAUGAUCACGUGGUUAUCGUUAUGCCAUAUCUGGAGCAUGACUCCUUUUUGGAUCUUCUGAGUUCAAUGAAGUUGGAAGAAGUGAGAGAGUACAUGUUUAAUUUACUAAAGGCCUUGAGACGCAUUCAUCACUUUGGCAUCAUUCAUCGUGACAUUAAGCCAAGCAACUUCCUGUACAAUGGGCGUCUGAAAAAAUAUGCUUUAGUGGACUUUGGUUUGGCCCAGGGCACACCUGACACUAAAAUUGAGCUUCUGAAAGUAGUAAAGACAGAAGACCAACAGAGAAGUUGCUUGAAGAGUAAAUCAACUACCAGCUCUGGAAAUAAGCUUCCUAAUAGCGUAACAACGAGCAAACCAUUGGUUCAACACAGUACUGAGAAACAGCCCAUGAAAAGGCCCUGGCCCCCCACGCAAGCUAAACCUGGAAAGGGGGAAUCAUCGGUUCCACGUUCUGUAUUUGGGGAGAGAAAUAUGAAUGUUCGUAGCACUGGAAUUAUUGAGGGAGCAAGUAUAAAGCCAGCAAGAUCUACAAAGAUAGCAGAUAUAACCUCCAGAAAAAUAUUAGUGGCAAAACGCAAAGUAGGAUCAUCAAAGAGUGCUUCAAGUUGUUUAAUUCGUAAACCCAGCAUUUGUCCAGCAAACCUGACGUGUGAUUGUUAUACUACAGACAAGAUAUGCAGUGUUUGUCUCUCGAGACGUCAGCAAGUGGCCCCAAGAGCAGGUACUCCAGGAUUCCGAGCUCCAGAAGUCUUAAUGAAGUGCCCACAUCAGACAUUGGCUAUCGACAUGUGGUCUGCAGGCGUUGUAUUCCUUUCCUUAUUGAGUGCCCGAUAUCCAUUUUUCAAAGCCAGUGAUGAUUUAACUGCAUUGGCACAGAUAAUGACUAUUCGUGGAUCGAAAGAAACCAUCCAGGCUGCUAAAUUAUUUGGUAAAGCUGUGUCGUGCAGCAAGGAAUGUCCGAAGUUGGAUCUGAGGACUUUGUGUGAAAGACUCCGAGGAACGCAUUGCUUGAGUGGAAGAAAAUCAAACCAAAGGAGUGAGCCAGUGGAUUGUUCACAUAGCUCAGGCACAGUGCCAGCUCCAGAUGCAAAGGAUGAUGAAACAAAAAAGAUUGCUUCUUCGUCAUGCACACAAGAGGUUCAGAACCAGCCCAGAAAGGUGAAGCAGGAUAUUCAGUGGAACUCUGAUUUCAAAAACAAAGCUGAAUCAUCAGAUGUGAAGAACUGGUGUGGAGUUCCAGAUCUAGCCUAUGACCUUCUAGAUAAGCUUUUAGAUUUGAACCCAGCAACCAGAAUAACUGCAGAAAAGGCUUUGAAGCACCCAUUCUUUGAAGGGAUGUAAUUCUUGUUAGGAUACUUAUACUAAUGAUCUGUAUUCAUUCUGUGGAAUAACCACUGAAAUGCAGGACAAGACAUUCCAAAUUUUCUGCUAAAACUAACCAGCCAGUUCCUUAAAUCAAGUUUUUCAAUUUCUUCAUGUUAUUUGUGAGCACUGCUGUUUUUUCAGUCUCUUUCUUCAGUCACUUGCUCUGAGUUUGAUUGUUAAUCUGCUUUUUAUUAAAAGACAUGAAGUGCAUGCCUUCAGUGAUUUAAAAUAAUUUUAUUUUCCUCUCCAAAACUUCAAUACCAAACAGUAUUCCUUCCAACCAAGGGAACACGAUGGUUGAUAGCAUGGUCAAUGCUACAGUGGGGCCAAUAGGAUUCUCCAUGUCUACACAAAUGUUUUUGGGUGAACUUGGGUGUGAAAUUCAUGUCAUUAGUUCAAUUAAUAAGAAAAUGGAUGUAAAUUUUAUUUGAAAACGGGAAGAAUUGCAUCCGUUGUUACUACAAACACAGAAGUACCAAUGCCUUGUUUGCCAUUUGAUUUUUUUAUUCCAUUUGCUGCUUAUAUUCUUUGGUGAUUAUCAUUACAGUCACCCUUAAAAUGUUUGUGUAAACAUGCUUUAAUUAUUACUUGAGGUUUUUUUUUAGACUUUCUGUGCCCUACAGAUUUGAGAAAAAAUUAGCUACCAAACUCUGUUUAUAAUUUUAUUUCAGAUGCAUAUGUCCCAAAACAUUAAACUCUAUGAAAAUG